CGUCGCGGGGACUACCCUGACUACCAGCAGUGGAUGGGCUUCAACGACUCCAUCCGCUCCUGCCGCCUCAUCCCCCACCACUCUGGCACUUACAGAAUGAGGAUCUAUGAGAGAGAUGACUUCAGAGGACAGAUGUCAGAGAUCACAGACGACUGUCUCUCUCUUCAGGACCGCUUCCACCUCAGUGAAAUCCACUCCCUCAACGUGCUGGAGGGCUGCUGGGUGCUCUACGAGAUGCCUAGCUACAGGGGGCGGCAGUACCUGCUCAGACCUGGGGAGUACAGGCGCUAUCUUGACUGGGGGGCUACAAACGCCAAAGUUGGCUCUUUCAGACGAGUCAUGGAUUUUUACUGA